CUAUCAAGACAAAGAACGCUGUCAGACAAAGAAAAAAUGGAUGACCUAAAAAUUCACAAUGUAAUUUAAAAGAAACCAGUAAAAUGUAAAAACCAAAAUAAUAAAUAUAAAUAUGCCGAAACUCAAUACAUCAAACAAUCCAGAAGUUGACCAGAUCUAAAAUUCAGACGAAAAAAAAUCUAUAACAUACCAACAUGAAGGACGAUGAUGAGGAAGAAGAGAACACCUUCGGGGUUACUAGAUACCCGUGCAUGCCCUCUCUGGUAGCUCUGCAGCAGAUGAGGAACAGACUCCAUCUGGCGUUCCUCGGUCGAAAGCUGAUGAAAUGGACUAUGUUGGCCAGCGGUCGAGAACUAAGGCGACUUGCGAUCGAAUUGGAUGGGGUGUACAAAGGCUUCGCCGAAGAACUUAGGAACGCAUACAUCCAGCUAGCUCGCUCUCGAUACUAUCAUGCAAAUCUCAACGAAAUGGUACUCGAAGAUAUACCCAAAAAAGCUGGAGCAAUCGUGAUACCUUCAACGAAGUCGGUCUCUGGUGUCAAGCUGUGGCAGUACGUUCUAGAAGAGACUGAAUACAAGCCUUAUGUCCAUCUGGGUAUAGGAAAGGGUGGUCAGACCAUUCUCGAGACGAAAAAGGCAUGGCUAGAACUACUGAAGCAUUUGAUUACGAUGAUGACACUACGGACCAGUUUUCGGAUGGUCGAAAUAUCCAACAGGGCAGCUACCAAGAAAUUUAAUGUAUUAUCAAAGUUGGUAAUACCAAGAGUGAAUCUUAGUCAACGGUAUAUUAUAUCCGAGCUUGAAGAAAUGGAAAGAGAGGACAACUUUCGAUUGAAACGUUUUAAAGAAUUAAAGUUAAAGAAAGCUGGCGGUGGUGAAGACGAAAAGAAUAAAAAAAAGUGCACUGUGUGUAAAAAUUGUCUCACCUGCUGUAAUUGCAAUAAUGUUGAUAGAGAAAAUACUGUUUCUGAUGUUUCCCCUACUGAAAAGUCUUCAAAGAGUAAUAAAGAAAUCUCGUUUAAUGAUAAUGAAGACGCAGUGUUGUAUCCUAAAGAAUGCAAUGCAACUGAAGAGAAGAAACUAUCAGAUAGAGACAUAUUAAAAUCAGAAGCAGGAGGGGAUAUAAUUCAAAUUGUAUGUCCAAAUUGUCAAGAGUGCUUAAAUGUCAAUAAAAGUGCAGCUUCCGUUAGUAUUUUGAAAAAAGAGAUUGACUUAGAUAGUAAAGAAUGUUACUCAGGCGUUUGUGGAAGACAAAUUGGAGAUGACUUACCUAAAUCCCAUUGUUGUUCGCUGAACAAACUUCAAAGUACAGAAAAGGAAAGAGCAUUUUGUCAAAUAUGCAAAAAUAAAAAUGAUGAUUUCAUCAAUGUGUCACAAAAUUCUUCAGCUGUCUCGAUUUGUUGUUCGCUCAAAAAUGAUGCAGAUUCAGAAAAAUCUUACCCUUGCUUACCUACCUCGAAUAGCAAUAUAAAUGAAUAUCCAGAUGGUUUUAUAUUGGAGUUACGACAUACUUGUGAUCAAUGUGAACAACCAAUGCAUCUUGCGAUUGAGGAGUCAUCAAACACUUCAUUGUGCUCUAAAUGUCGAAGCCAGCAGAUUAGAAUGGGCAACAUUAAAAACAAUUUUAAUACGGAUAACAGCGAUUUAUGUGCAAAAUGUAAGGAAGAAUUAUUAUCGAAGCCAUGUAGUUGUACAAGUACAAUGCAAAGCGUUAAUGAGGUGGUGCAACCCGAAGUCUCUUCACUAUGUUCACUCUGUCGAGUAGAAUCGAAAUGUAAUUUACAAGCCAUAAAAUCUUUCAAUCUACGAGAAAAUAAAUCAAUAUGCUCAUCUUGUAUUCAGCAACUUCAAACUAAAUCUAGCAACUCAGCUAGUUGCCCUUGCAUUAGUGAACCCAAUAGCAAUUUGAAAAAGGUAAACAGUUUCCAAGACAAUUUAUGCGCAUCUUGUAAAGAAAAAUCAGAAAUUAGGAUUCCCUGUGCUUGCUCUAAUGAUGCAAUAGAAGAUAAAGUUUGCGGUAGAGAUAAAAACCAUAACUUUGGACGUAAAUUCGAUAUAAUGUGCAUAAAUCUUAAUAAUUCCUGUAUUGAGGCAGGAUACAAAAAAGGUAUAGCUGCUCAAAAAUGUUCUAGUCACUCAGAAUUUAACAAAAACUCUAACCAAAAUUGUCAUCGUUGCGGUGUAUCUAUCAAAAAAGAAAGUAUGGAACAACAAAGUCAAUCAUCAUGUUAUGUUUGCGGAAGACCCAUAAAUAAGGCAAGCACUUGCGUAAAAGAUAAAAAUAAAGUCAAUGACUGUUCCCAAAAAAGUGCUUCAUCACCAAAAUUUGUUCAGGGAGCAUCUGGAACAGAAAAUCAAUCAAAUUUAAAACAAAAUAAGUCCACUCUAUGUAUGCCACUUGGUAAAGGCUUGAAAGUCAAGUUGCCACCACUUCAAACAUCAAUGAACUCAAACACUUCAAUGCAGUCAAAAACUGGACAUAAAGCGACUCAUAUGGCAUGUGGAAGCGCGAAUUCGUUGUUAUCUUAUAUUGAAAUAGAAUGCUCACGUUCAAACAUACAAACAGAAAAAAAAGAAGGUAGAAUGGAAAGCUGCCCAAAUAAAAAUGAAAUAAAUAUUUGUGGUUCACACUCAGAAGACGGUGGUGAAUAUUAUUUCAAAAUGAAAAUUGUCCCGAGAGCUGAGUGCGAUGCAAGUAAAGGUGGUACUGAUAUUGUACAUAGUUUUAUUGAAUUGAUGAAGAAACAAAUUCUACCAGAAAGUAAAUCUAAGGAACAUACGUAUCUCAACACUAUUUCUAACAAAAUAUGUCAAUCGAAAAUAGAUUAUUGUGCUUCUCAGGAAACUCCUUCAAUGUGCAAUUCUUCAAGUGUUAUAAGUCAGAUGUCUGAAAGUAAUAAUAAAUCUUCGUGUACGUGCAAAGAUGAAACUCAUGAAAAAGAUAAUUACCUAAUCACUUCCAAAUCCAGUUCACUCAACAAAAGUCAAGAAGAGAAAACAGAUUUUAUUCCUUCCAAAAACCUUCAUACAUGUUCGCAUGUAUGCAGUGAAUCUAGUUUACAAAAUCAAUCUUGUGAAACCAAUAAUAAUAAAUUUUCAUGCUUGUGCAAAGAUAAGAAUAAUAAUAAUAAUAAUUAUAACUAUUUUACAAUUGACACAAUCAAUAUCAAUACUCAACAUAAUGAAAAGAAAGAAAUUUCAAAACAUAGCCUUAACUCUCACUCUUCUCAAUCAAAGGCUAAUGAAAAUUCAAAUGAAGCAGAUAAGAAUAACUUAUGUAAAGUUUGUCGUGGACAAAAACAAGCCAAAAAGUGUUGCUCGUGCGAAGGUAAAAUGCAGAUUUCCUGCAAUGAUUGCAGGAAAAAUGCAGGCAGUGAAAUUAAAAAUUAUCAAUUCAGCUUCAACGAAAAGAAAAUAGAUUGUUGUGCUUCCAAAAACAUUCCAACAGUUUCGUGUAGUACUAAUAGUUUAAGAAGUCAAUGCCCUGAAACUGAUAAAAAUAAGUCUACAUGCACGUGCAUAGCAAAGGAAAAUGAAAACAAUGAUUAUAACGAGUCAAAAAUUAAUACUAUGGUCAUUAGUACUCAAAAGAAGAAUACCCAAUGUACAUGUACUGAACAGAAAGCUAUGCCUAUUCAUAAUUGUAAUGAACAGACUACGCAAAUAAAUACGAAGGAAAUUUUGAAAGUGACUAGCGAAAACAAUUGUAGACUUUGUAAUAAAAAAAUGGAAGUAAAGAAUAAUUGCGAUUUCAAUGCUAACAGGAAGACAUGUAGUGAUUUUUCAAGCAGAAAAAAUCAAAAUAAGGAUACAUUAUCCAAAUCUUCCCACAGUAAAAGAAACUGUGUUAAAUGUGGUUCUGAGUUUAAUCCACAAAGAAAAAAUCCAGCAACAGCUGCAUUGCAGAGUCAAAAACAUGAUUACGAAAAGUUGACAAACUGUACCAAAUGUUCUUCAUCAAGAAAGGUGUACCAAUCCGCGUGCCCAAUUCAUUCUUCUAAAAAGUCAAAUUCUUCUCCAAUCUUAUCUACCUGCUCACAUUUUCAAGAGAAAGACAGCAAUAAAAUGUCAGCAAGUGGUUGUAAAUAUUCUUCACUAUUAAAUUUAGAAUCACAGAAAUCUCCAGGUGGUAAAAGUCAGUCUUGUGAAAAGUCAAAUACCUCUCUCUUAGAAUCUAACUGUUUACGCUGUCGAGAAAAAGACAAUGAAAUGUCGACGCAUGGCUGUAAAUGUUCUUCAAUCACAAAAACAGAAUCGCAAAAGACUCGAGGUUGUCAAAGUCAAUCUUCCACAAAAUCAAGUACCUCUCCCAACGAAUAUAAAUGUUCACGUUGUCAAGAUAAGUACAUCGAAAAGUCGUCACAGGGCUGUAAAUGUUCUUCAAUCACAAAAACAGAAACGCAAAAGACUCCAGGUUGUCAAAGUCAACCUUUCAAAAAGUCAAACGCCUCUCCCAGUGGAUCAAACUGUUCACGAUGUUCAGGAAAAAAAGUCGAAAAUUUUACGCAUGGCUGUAAAUGUUCUUCAAUCACAAAAACAGAAUCGCAAAAGACUCCAGGUUGUCAAAGUCAAUCUUCCAAAAAGUCAAAUACCUCUCCUAACGAAUAUAAAUGUUCACGUUGUCACGAAAAGUACAUCGAAAAGUCGUCACAGGGCUGUAAAUGUUCUUCAAUCACAAAAACAGAAACGCAAAAGACUCCCGGUUGUCAAAGUCAACCUUUCAAAAAGUCAAACGCCUCUCCCAGUGAAUCAAACUGUUCACGAUGUUCAGGAAAAAAAGUCGAAAAUUUGACGCAUGGCUGUAAAUGUUCUUCAAUCACAAAAACAGAAUCGCAAAAGACUCCAGGUUGUCAAAGUCAAUCUUCCAAAAAGUCAAAUACCUCUCCCAACGAAUAUAAAUGUUCACGUUGUCACGAAAAGUACAUCGAAAAGUCGUCACAGGGCUGUAAAUGUUCUUCAAUCACAAAAACAGAAUCGCAAAAGACUCCAGGUUGUCAAAGUCAAUCUUCCAAAAAGUCAAACGCCUCUCCCAGUGAAUCAAACUGUUCACGAUGUUCAGGAAAAAAAGUGGAAAAUUUGACGCAUGGCUGUAAAUGUUCUUCAAUCACAAAAACAGAAUCGCAAAAGACUCCAGGUUGUCAAAGUCAAUCUUCCAAAAACUCAAACGCCUCUCCCAGUGAAUCAAACUGCUCACGAUGUUCAGGAAAAAAAGUCGAAAAUUUGACGCAUGGCUGUAAAUGUUCUUCAAUCACAAAAACAGAAUCGCAAAAGACUCCUAGUUGUCAAAGUCAAUCUUCCAAAAAGUCUAAUACCUCUCCCAACGAAUAUAAAUGUUCAAGUUGUCAAGAAAAGUACAUCAAUAAGUCGCCACAGGGCUGUAAAUGUUCUUCAAAGGAAAAGGAGGAGUAUAAAAGAGCUCCAGGUUGCCAAAGUCUGUCUUCAGAGAAGUCUAAAGCAUCACCCAAUCAAUCUAACUGUUCACGUUGCCAAGAAAAGGGGAUUGAAAAGUCGACGCAGUAUUGUAAAUGUUCAUCAAUAAGAAAGGAAGAAACUCAAAGUGCUACAGGUUGCCAAAGUAUAUCUUCCAAAAAGCAAUUAUCUGCCAUCCAAUCCAACUGUUCACGUUGUCAACAAACAGAUAUCAAAAAGUCAACGAGUGGCUGUAAAUGUUCUCAAACGGCAAAGGUGAAAUUCCAAAAUCACACUGAUUACCAAAAUCAACCUCUUGAAAAAUCUUGUCCCCUACAUCAAAAAGAAUCAGCCUGCAAUUGUACGUCAACUAAAAAAAUGGAAAACCGAAUAGAUACUUCAUCAAAAACAGACUGUUCAUGCAAAGAUUCCGAGAUGUUCACAAAUACAUAUAGCUACACAUCAACUUGCAAAAGCGAUAAAUAUUCCUCCAAGACAGCCAAAUCAGAUGAAAGUUGUCGUUGUUCAUCAAGCUUGAAGCUAAGAGUAUCAGAUGAGUGUGCAAGUAGCGGCCAUUCCUCUAAACUUUCAAGAGAUUCUAGCGUAAAAUCUUUCGGAUCGUGCUGUGACUCUCAAACUAAAGAUGCAUCCACUCAAACACGACGGUCUGAUAGGUAUGAUGUGAGGGACUUGCAGAUGUUAACAUUUUUACGUGAUGCGCGAAAGGUAACUUGCACUUGUAGAUCUGAACCAAUUAUACGAAACCCUACAUCUAAACCCAUAUACCGUUCUAAAUCUAACCAUAGUGAUUAUGUAUGCUUGAAACAUUUAGAAAUCGAUUAAAGGCAAAUUUUGUUUAAUUUCUAUAAAAAAAAACCCAAAGGAUUCUUUUUUGUAAUGUAAAUAAAUAUGAAAUCCAAA